CGUGAUCCGGCCAAGAUGGCGGCGGCCGUGCGGGCCGGGCGGCGCCUGUCGCGGGCGGCGGCGGCAGGCGGGGAGCUGGAGCGCGCCGGGGUGCCGCGGGCGCUGUGCGCCGAGCUGCGGGCCGGGCCUGUCGUGGCCUUCGCGCUGCUCCGCCGCCUGCACGCCGCGCUGCGGGACGCGGGGAACCCGGUGUACCUCCACGAGCUGCUGGAAGGCAGCGAGUUCGACUUUCCUGAAGUGAAGAAGCCUCCGCGGAAUCCAGAGCUGGUCGCCCGCCUGGAGAAGAUAAAGGCUAAGCUUGCCAACGAGGAGUACAGGCGCAUGACAAGAAACAUCCGUUGCCAGGAUGUGUGCCGGGAUGGGACUCUGGCUGAUUUGGGAAGGCAGGUUAGGUCAGUGAAAGCUCUCAUCAUCACCAUAUUCAACUUCAUUGUCACUGUGGCAGCUGCAUUUGCCUGCACCUACCUGGGCAGCCAGUACAUCUUUACCGAGACAGCAGCGCGUGUGCUGUCAGCUGUAAUAGUGGCCUCCGUGGUCGGCUUGGCCGAAAUGUACGUGAUGGUGAGGACCAUAGAAGGGGAGCUUGGAGAACUGUAGUGGAGGUUUCCACCACAUACUGUGAUCCUUCAGCUGGAGGCCACCUUCCUACCCUGUGGGCUAUUUAUUGGAGGCCACAAACGUGUCUGGUGCUGGUCUGUGAAUUCCUUGCAACUGUCAUUGCUUCUAUGGACAGUCUCUCUCCUCCCUGGCUGCCCGCUUUCUGGAGUGAGGCAUUGGGUGCACUGACUGGUGACUGCAGCGUCAAACAGGAUGUCCACAUGGACCUUUCAGAGCACGCACACAGCACAGGGAGGAGCAGGAGAUGAACUCUGCCUCCUCUUCUGGCUCCACAGCUGCUCCUGCUCCUCCUUGUUAGCGACUGCCCCGGUCUCUCCCGGCUCCAUUCAUGUCAGGGCCAGCUCCAUCUCUGGUAGAGGUCUCAGCACCUGGUUUCUGCAAAUGCUUUUUAUUCCUACAGGUUGAAUCCCACCCUGCCCCUUCCUCCCCCCACACUGCUGCUUUAGUGAGAAGGGGGGGAUAUGUAAACCUGUUCAGGACUAACCCACCUCCUGUGUUAACGGCAUUGCUUCUGUCCUCUGCACACGGCAGCUCCUGGACAUGGAGAAGGCAGUCCAGGCCCCAGCCCUCCACUUGUACAGGGUGACUACCUGUCUACUUCCUGACACUUCAUAGAGCUGUUUGCUGUUCUCUUGGGACCAGGGGGGUUGGGAUUGCUCGGGGGACCUCUCUCAUUGUUAAUAAAGUUGAACCCUGCUUCUGACAAACAAA